AUGCCGCUACAAGUCCAGCCGCUUGAACUUCCAGAUUUUGACAUUUUGAUUUCACAUGCAUCGUCGGAUCCUCCAGGCGACGAUCUCGUCGCACCCCCAAACCCAGUGGCAUGGCCAGUAAGCACGCAAGCCGAGGCGCAGACGAGAGCGCGGCACUGCUUUGCGCUGCAGAGGCGCCGCUUCCUGCGAGAUCCGACGACAAACUUUGUCAAGGUCGUGGACGUGGACAAUAACGGCGCUGCUGCGGCGGGCGAUAUCAUCGCCGUCGCCCGCUGGCACUUUUACCCGCAGGGAUACGACUAUUCUACCGAGGCGCAUUGGGAGAUGGCUCCCACGGCACCACUGAUGGCAUAUCUACGAGGACACAAGGCCAAGCGCCAAGGCGAAACAGCAAACGAUAACCACCCACAAGACAGACCGGAGGGUUCGGAGGGGUUGGAGGGGUACAAUGAUGAUGACAAUGUGUAUCCCCCGCCCAACUUCAAUCUCGCCUUGCACAAUCAUAUUCUCUCAUCCAGGGACUCGUUCCGACCCACGUGGGUGCCGGACCGCCAUCCGUGCUGGGUCUUGAUGCACCUUGUCACGCGUCCCAGCCAGAGACGCCGGGGAGCGGCGGGAUUGCUCAUCCGCUGGGGCCUGGAGCGCGCACGCGAGAUGGGUGUGGAUGCAUACCUCGAGGCAGGGGUGCAGGGUCGUCCCGUUUACCUGAAGUUCGGGUUUGAACAGGUCGGGCCGGACAGACGGGUCGACCUCAGGGAUCAUGUGGGAGAGGCGGCGGGGGUCCCGAGCGAGUUCGUGCUCGCGAACAUGAAGUGGAGUCCAAAGGGCCAGGCGGGCAAAAGCUCAGAUGGGGACGAAUAA